GGAAAGUGGGAAAGCAGUAAAAGCCGACGGCAAAAAGCGCAAAGGUCCAACAAAGGGCUCACAUGGGGUUGAAAAGCUGAAGAAGGUGAAUACGAAGGGAAUGGCCAAACUAUCAAGUUUUUUCCAAAAAACUGCUUAGAGAAUGCGCUGCAACUUUUUCUAGACACUUUGGUUUCUUGUACAAGGAAUAUACCCGAUCGCAGACGAUACGCGUUGGGCGUGUUGCGACUUUUCGAUCUCCGCUUGACCUCAGACUUGCUUCUCACCACGAUCCAUGUCUCCCUCAAGUGCAACUUGUUUUCGCUUCGUCUUCAUCUUUCCCUUUCUCCCCUCACCCGCCCGUCCAAUUGACCGUCCGACAUGAUGGCGACAGAGGACAAGUGCGUCGGCGUUGACAAAACCUACGUGGAGCGUAGCGUGCAGACCGAGAACACUCAACUGGCUUUCGUUGGAACACAGAUCCCACUGACUCUAGUUGGCGACAACGUUUCGAACUCUGGCAUGCCGGAACCUUCCAUAUCUUCAACUACUGACGUUCCUGUCGUCGGGGAAGUUAUCGAAUGUUCAGGCGCAUGCACUCACACCUUUCGCCCUGACGACACCGACAGCGUGCAGGAUGCAUCAGAUCAAGUAGAGUCAGACUCUAUGACAAGUUCUCUGCGUGUCUACAAGCAACAGUCAAGAGAAAAUCAAAGUCAACGUUUGCCUUCAUGUCGUACCCUGAAAUCUGCUUCUGCGCGUGUAGUCUCUCUCCCCGAAACGUCUCCGCUGUACUCUGUCAAGAAGUCGGCCGAUAUAGCCAAAAAGCGAGUAGUGUCACUCCCAGAGCGGAUGCUGUUGAACGAUCCUAGUGACAACUACGACUUGUGCACUGAUGCCUACCUCCUUCGCUCUCGCGUUCGCAUUGAAUCCCAUGGUACCGAUAUACCAUACACACCAUCUCCGCCUUCGUCACCAGAAUCGGUAAUAAUCAUUGCAGAUAAGCCGCAUAUUUCUAGAGGCUUCUUGCAGAGGCAUAUACCCAUCGAAGAGGCCACUGACGAUGUUAACGAUGACGGAUGGAUUACUUGGGCAAGGUCUCCGCCUAGGCCGAUACCUGCCCUCCAUGGUCCCUUGUCAUUACCGUAUGCUCGAUGCCCCUCGGGUGCAGAGGGUACUAUCAUUGACGAACAGGAUAAUUUGCCCCGCAUGAUAUGGGGUCUCGAGGGCGAGAAUGUUCGGUCCGCAGCUGAGAAUAUCCUUCGUCCGACCGUUCCAAGUCAACCUACCCCUCGCAAGCCUGCCACUCGUCCCGGUCCCUCCGCUGUACCCCCACGGUUCUCCAGACAAAAGGACGAGGUUAUUCGCCAUCGUCCUCUGCCUGUGCCUCCAACAGCUUUCUACAAACCAGACACGUUGCUCACCCCGCCAGACCUACCUCACAUCUCUGUACCUCAACAAUCGUUUAACUACGAACAACCUGAGCUGGAACGCGCUUUAUCUGGUCACGGACCUAUCGAUCUCAGCAGUGUUCUGCGUCCCCGCGCCGAAAUCAUUCAAGGAUAUGACUCCCGACUGGACCUACAAAAUAAUGCGAUCUACGACUCUCUUGGCCGCGAUCUACGUAGCUAUGGUCUUGGUAACGAACUUGGUUUGGAUUGGAAGUCUAUGUUCCUGCAUCAGGAUUCAAUGAAGAGGCACCCUGUCCACCCCGACGGCGCGACAACGAUCCUGGACGACGAUUCCACUGAGUACUUUAAACCCUCUCUAUCGGCCUCUGUUUCUCUCGCUUCUCUUUCAUCGUUAGCUUCUUCCCGCUCGCUGGUAUCUGUUGACUCUCCGAACAUGGACUCGCGAUCUCUCGCAGGUCAAGCAAGUCUGUACAAUUCUCCUCAUCGGUUGACAGCCUUGGAAAUCGCACAAAAUUACCGCCAGAAACAGCUGCACCAACAGGGACAGUAUCACCAGAAGGGCAUGUUACCCACUCCGCCGAACUCCUCGUCUCCAAUUUGGGCUUCUCGGGUGUCUCCACAUCAAGGUUCUCUUAUCUCGCCAUACUCUGAUUCUGUAAUUUCUCCCAAUUUGUUGACUCCCUCGGGCGUCCCUGCAAUUAUCAACCAGUUGAAUCAAGCCAGCCUGCAGCAAUAUCAACACUUUUUGCAACAAACAGAGAGGUCUUCGAACCUUCGGACCACGACAUAUGAAGAAGUCCCGGUGGCUGGUUUCAAUGGUCGAAAGAUCAAACUAAGUGUCUCUGGAUUGGCUCCGGCAGCAAAGAUCCAAGCACCUGUCACAGGCAUCGAAGACUUACAAUCAUCAUUGUAUUCGCCGGACAUGGUCUCGUUGGAUCAUAUCACCAGAUUUCUCCAAGCCCAGAGUCUAUCAAAUGUCCUGGAACGCCGUUCGCCUAUGUCAAAUGUCCAACAGUCCCCUUUAAUUCCUAGACCCCCUCCUAAUUCCCCCUUCGUUGCUCUUCCACUAGCUCGUGGUUCCAGGUCCCAGAACUCUAGACAUUCAGUUAGCCUUUCUUCACCUCUUGUUGAAGCGCCUCCUUCUCCAACUUCACCUGAGUUGAGAGCUCGUCCUCGAAGUCUCUCUCAUCAGCACCCGCGUUCCAUUCCUCUCACCCAGUUGAUCCAGCGUCGCCUCUCCUCGGUCCCAGAAGAGGAUUCGGGCAUUCUACUGGAAUCGUAUUCUUCAGUUUCUUCACCACGACAGAGGUCUAGAAGUUAUUCUACUGGGGAAACCCCCACCUCUGCCAGGAAGCUUAAGGUCUCCCUCAACAGACAAGCUAAUCUUGCUCCGAUGAACCCACCAGUGACGACAAAACGAACGCCUAGUCCCUCCCAGGCUAACGCUUAUCAUCAUCGUACUAAUGGGCCUACAAGGACCAGUACUGCUGUUCCUCAAAGGUCCCAGCAUACUUCCAAUCCCUCUAGAAGCAGAGGAAGGGAACACCAUGAGGUAGCGAAUGCCCGUGGGCGGGAUGACCAUGGUAGAUCGUUGGAUAGCAACGUUAACAAGGAUUACCCCACAAGAGGUACUAGAGGUGGCCGAGGGCGAGGGUCAGCCAGAGGCAGAAGAGAUCGAGGGGGUUCUUGGCCCAUACGCGGACCAGAGAGAGUCGACGGCGGUAUGACUGUAAGAUGUUGAAUGGUGAGCAUAUCUCAUUUAUUGAACCUUCUCUUUACCUUAUGUCUUCUGACUUCUGUGGUCGACCCAUCUUAGGUUCCAUGCCCUACUGUUCUCGUUUCAUACAUGUUGUCCAUGUGCAUUCGUCGCUCUGGUUAUUCUAGUUAUGGCUAUCUUUAUUGUCUUUGCAACCGAGUUCGGAUUUCUGCCUCGACGCUCCUCGUCUAGCUUUUUUAUUCUCAUGGGACAGUUAUUUAUUGGUUCCGAGGCUCUGUUGGAAGCUGUUGUACUUUAUGUGACUACAUAUAAUUCCCGCCGGUAUACAAUCGGUUACGUUCGAACUCG